GGCAAUAGAUUAAUUUGUCGGGCUCCCUCGUGCCUACCCCACUAGGCCUUUUAUUUUAGGUUCCACCUUUAAUUUCGCAUCAUCGUCAUUAACGUUAAUCUCACAUAUUUUUAGUGGGUGUUUGGCGUGCAAAAGAUCUGCUGGUUUCACAUAGUUAACUUUAUUGAGCAAGAUCAAGAGAAAAUAAAUACUGUAACCUAGUUCACUCCGUACAAAUAAAGUAGCGGGGCAUCGAGGACUGCAGGCCGAUAAAGGAAAAGCAUGGAAGUAGCACAGUUGCAGAAACGAUUUCUGGAGUUGAUAUCAACCGUUUAUCAAGAGGGGUUUUUGGAUGAUCAGUUCGUACAGCUUCAGAAACUGCAAGAUGAGAGCAACCCGGAUUUUGUGGUUGAAGUGGUGUCCCUCUUCUUUGAGGAUUCUGAGAAGCUUCUCAACAAUGUGGCGACUGCCCUUCAACAACCAAUUGUGGAUUUUAAGCAGGUCGAUGCUUAUGUCCACCAAUUCAAGGGUAGCAGUUCUAGCAUAGGUGCACAGAGAGUGAAGAAUGCAUGUGGUGCUUUUAGAAAUUUUUGUGAGGAAAAGAACCUGGAUGGGUGUUUGAAAUGUCUACAACAUGUGAAAAAUGAAUACGCUCUUGUGAAGAGCAAGCUUGAAUAUUUAUUUAUGCUGGAGCAACAAAUAGUGGCAGCUGGUGGCAUGAUACCCGUAAUUCCAUAAGUAUCUCCAUUUAGCCUACUCGCAAAAAGGGUGUUAGUCAAUUUAAGUGCUGUACUAAUCUGGUUUAAGAAAUUGUCAUUCGACGAGUAACAUAGAGGAAGGCUAAAAGAAUAGCAGGUUUAACUUCUGCCGUCACCACAUUCAAUUUCCAGAAGAUUUAACAAUAAAGCCGUGUGGCAUGCUGCUCUGCAGAUUGCGUUUCCUAGCUCCAUUGCCUUUUUAUGCUGCUGGCAUCCUUCUAUGAUGGAAGUUCGGCAUGGCACUUUUGUUGGUGUAGCUGGAAGUAUGAACCUGGUUAUGCUUUGCUUUUGUGAAUUUGGCUUGCCUUAGUUCUUGCAUUUUCCCUCUUUCCUCAUGGGCGCUGAAGAAAGGCCUAGGACUACAAUGUGAAGACAAAACCUACAUCUUCUUAUUGAUCGCAUCUUCAGAAAAUGGAAUGUGCCGACCUCUGCUGGGAGCUGUUACUUUGUUGCGAUAAGUCUGUCAUUACAUAUUUCUUGGCCUGCCUUAGUUUGUGUUGCUCUUUUAAAUUUCUAUGGCAUAAGUUCAUUUCAUUAUAGUGAAAAUAUACUCACUCACCCAAAAAUGGCAGCUCAAAGUGGAAGCUAAGGUUGUGUUUGGAUUGCAUAUUCCGUCAUUUUUCAUGGAAAAA